GGGCAGAGACAAUGGCUUUCUUUAUGAAAAGCAUGAUCAGUAACCAGAUAAAGAAUUUAGGAUUUGGUGGUGGGUCUGAAGAAAAAAAGGAAGAAGGGAGUCCAUCUGAUCCUGCCACAGCUCAAGGGAUGACUAGAGAGGAGUAUGAAGAAUACCAAAAGCAGAUGAUUGAGGAGAAGAUGGAAAGAGAUGCAGCAUUUACACAAAAAAAGGGAGAGAGGGCAUGCCUCAGAGUUCAUCUCAGAGAAAAGUACAGGCUCCCAAAGAGUGAAAUGGAUGAGACCCAAAUCCAGCUGGCUGGAGAUGAUGUAGAUGUGCCUGAAGAUCUCCGGAAAAUGGUAGAUGAAGAUCAAGAAGAGGAAGAAGAUAAGGAUUCUAUUCUGGGGCAGUUACAGAAUCUCCAGAAUAUGGACUUGGACACCAUAAAAGAAAAAGCCCAGGCCACCUUCACAGAAAUCAAGCAGACAGCGGAGCAGAAGUGCUCCGUGAUGUGA